GCUCUUGUCCAAGACCAAGAUGGCUGCUAGAAUCUCCGCCUUCCUUAAGAAUGCCUGGGCAAAGGAGCCGGUGCUGGUGGUGUCCUUCACUGUCUGGGGCCUCGCUAUAAUUAUGCCCAUGAUUAGCCCCUACACCCAGUAUGCUAGCAUGAUCAACAAGGCCACACCCUACAACUACCCAGUGCCUGUGAGAGAUAAUGGGAACAUGCCUGAUGUGCCCAGCCACCCACAGGAACCUCUGGGUCCAAGCUUGGAAUGGCUCAAGAACCUGUGAAUGCUUCUGUUGAUGGAAUCCGUCCCUUCCCUGUUGCCCUCCAAUAGAAAUGUGAAAACUAAUAAUCCUACAA